AUGAUUAAUUUCCAGAAGUCAGCUAUAACUUUUGGCGUAGGGAUCGAUCCAGUUAACCGUCGUGUCUUAGCAGAGUUCCUUAACAUAGAAAAGGAGGGAGGUGAUGGGAAAUAUCUGGGUCUUCCAGAGUGUUUUAAUGGAUCCAAGAGAGAGCUGCUAGCAUUCAUAGGUGAAAACAUGAGCAAAAGGUUGCGAGGAUGGUUCGCGAAGAAGCUUUCUUAUGGGGGCAAAGAGGUUCUCUUGAAGUCGGUAGCGAUGGCUCUUCCAGUCUAUGCCAUGUCUUGUUUCAGAUUGACUAAGCACCACUGUCAAAAAAUCAUGAGUGCUAUGGCGAGCUUUUGGUGGGAUGAAGAUGGAGAGAAGAAGAAGAUUCAUUGGAUAUCCUGGAAGAAGCUCUGUAUUUCGAAAGAGAAUGGGAGUCUUGGCUUUCGAGGUAUCGAGGUUUUUAACCAAGCUCUUUUGGCCAAACAGGCUUGGAGAUUUCUCAACGAUCCUGCUAGCUUGAUAGCCAGAAUCUACAAGGGUCGUUACUUCGCAUCGUCGAGCUUCAUGGAGUGUGGGAAAGGAUACCGUCCCUCAUAUGCUUGGCGCAGCAUUCUGUUUGGUCGGGAGCUUCUAUCGAAAGGGCUCAUCAGAUCUGUGGGUAAUGGAAGAGAUACCUUUGUAUGGAUCAUGGAUGAUUGUCCCAGAAGACCUAUCAACAAACAGCGAGACUUUGAUGUCAAUCAACGGGUGUCAUCGCUAAUAGGGGAGGAUGGUCAAUGGGAUAUUGAGAAGCUUCAGUACUUCUUUCCAGAAAAUGAGGUGCUGAGGAUAAGGCAAAUUCAGUUAGGACCUACUGAGGAUAGAGAUAUAUGGGCCUACUCUGCGAAUGGAGCGUAUACUGUGAAGAGCGGCUACAAACUGGCAACUAAGCACAAGGAAACAGAGGAGGUACAGUCUAUGAGUUUGAGGCCGGGUGUUUUGGAACUAAAGCGACGUAUAUGGAAGGUUAAAACAGUUCCUAAAAUACGUAGUUUCUUAUGGCGAGCAGCUUCGGGAGCCUUGGCAGUCGCGGAACGUCUCAACACGAGAGGACUGAACUUGGAUACACGUUGUAAAAUUUGCUUAUCAGGUUCAGAAUCCAUCUCACAUGUCCUCUUUGUCUGUUCAAAAGCACAAGAAGCGUGGGCGUUGGCAGGUUUCCAAGAUCUUUCUCACCUGCAUACAUUACCGUUGACAGAGGCGCUUUCUACAUGCUUGAAUAUGAUGGAAGAUGUAUCUCUUUUGGUAACACAGAGACGAGCUAUCCCUUGGUACUUGUGGACAAUCUGGAAGAAUAGAAAUUCACUGCUAUAUGCAGAUACUCAGGAAUCUCUUCUUAACCAGGUACAACAAGCGAGUGAAGAAGCUCGGCUAUGGCAUGUUCUCAAUGAUCAGCAAGAGGUACAUUCAGUGCUACAUGGUUUAAAUGAAGAAACUCAGAAAUGGGAACCUCCUAUCUUUGGCUACGCGAAGUGUAACCUGCACGCUAACUGGAGAAAUGCUUCACUACACAGUGGUUUAGCAUAUAUCAUUAGAGACCAGAGUGGUAAUGUUCUCCAUCACGCUCGAGAUGCUAUCACUUUCUCACCAAACAAGUUCACAGCGGAGCUGAGAUGUUUGGUUUGGGCAUUACAGAGCAUGAAAGACUUAGGCUACCAAGAUGUGAUUAUAGCUUCUGACUAUCGCGAUGUAAUCUCUGCGGUGAAAAAGCCGAAGGAAUGGCCACUCUUCAGAGCUCAACUUCAGGAGAUCAGAAACCUCCAUACCUCAUUUAGGUCGGUGGCUUUUGAAACAGAGUCAAUCUCCUCAAAUCAGAUAGCAAGAGAGAUAGCUACAAGUGUCCUACGUGAUGGUCGUCUCCAAUCCUAUUUGGCCUUAGGAGGACCGGCGUGGCUCCAUAACAGAUUUUUAAGAGAAUCUAUUUAG